AGAGUUGGACACUUAACUGACUGAGCCACCCAGGAAGGUGGGAGUCAAUCAUUUUGACAAGUCUCCUGAAAGGAACAGCUAGCAGGAGCUGAAACCUUUUCCCAUUUGGUCUCGUGGCAGAGAUCACACCAGCAGCUCCACACAAUAUGACGUGCUCACUAAUGUCCUCUGAACAGUCUUCUGGAACUUCUCUCUUGCCUAAAGACAAUGCCCCAUUUUCUUGGGGUUCCUUGGAUGAGGAUGGGUUGGAUGACUCCUUGCUGGAUCUGUCUGAGGGAGAAGAAGAUGAUGGCCAUUUCAGUUUCACAGAGGAAGAUAUUCAAGAGCUCUUGAAGGAUGACGACCUUAAAGAUGAUAGCAGGCGUGUUGAGAAAGGAGAGAAAGGGAGUCAAAUUCUAUUUGACUCUUCCCAAGAGAAAAAUUCAUUGUACAGCUUGGGACCAGUAGCUGAGACCUCCGGCCUCUUAAAACUACCUCAGCUAAGUACAUCAGUUGGUCAUGGACCAACUCCUGCUAAACCAUUAAACAGACACUUUGCACUAGAAAAGAAUCUUAUAAAAAUAACAGUUGUUACACCAUUUGAUCCAACAGUUUGUGAUGCUGUGCUUGAUAAGGACAAGACUGAUUCAUUCAAAGAUACUGAAAAACCUUCCUCCCUUGGGGAAGAGAUGAGAAAAGAUGGUCUUAGCCCAAAUGAGAGCAAACUCUGCACUGAGUCUGAAGGGAUUGAUCCCAGUAAUUCUGCUUGGGAUGUGCCCCCACUCUCUUCUCCUUCAGACAGUGACUUUGAACAAACUAUGUCUGAUAAAAAUAUACUUGAGAGUAAGAGACCUACACCUGUAUUCUCUCAGAUCGUGGACCAUUCAGAGACUCCUAAUAUGGGGUCAUCCUGGAAAAAUGGAUCACAUAAAUCAAAUUGCGAAGUGAGGUUUCCGGUUGUUUCCAGUUCAUCAAACAAACAGGAUGUUCUUGACAAGGAUUCGGGGAGGCUGAAAGUCAGUGAGAGAAGACUAGGCAAAGUCAUUCCUGUUCUGCAAAACAAAAGAAGGACUAAUGUUUCGACGUUUUCACAGUCAGAUCUAGAAAAGCAGAAGGAAAGUUAUCUCAAGGAAGUCAUUGCUCAUAUAACACACCCGAAGGACACUAACCAAGGUGCCUUGGGGGAACUGUAUGCCCUGAUGGGUCAAGUUCAUCACAUGCAGAACCCAAAGUGGCAACAUCCUUCGGACCUCACCAUGAGAAACUACGCUAGGUUCCGGCAGAAACCUUUGCAAAGAUGCAGUCUGACUCAGUGGGUCGACAGGAACAUGCGAAGCCACCAUCGAUUCCAGCGUCUCCCGGACUUCCAGUCAAGUCCAUUUGUCUCAUCCCAUCAGCAGUGAAGGUCCCUAUCCAGGGUCCUAUUCAGAGCAGCAUCUCAUCUUCUGCUCUUUUGUGCUUUGUAGAUUCUGAAUUUUAUUUUUCACAAGAUUUUUAUUUAAAGAACUUGUCACCUUUUGGAAAUUUCCAUUGCUGACUUGAAAUUUUUUUGUAUAAGGCCCUUCUUGUUUGUCUGUGUGCAUGCAUUUAAGCACUGUACGUUUUAAUUUUUUAAUUUAAAUUGAAGGUGGCCACUUCUUGAAAGCCAGCAUUAAGCCAGAGUACUUAGGCUCGAGCAAAACACCCACCUCAACACAGAGGUGAUGUCUAUUUCUUGUGCUGAAAAGAGAACCAUCUUUUAAUCUCCUAUAAGGAAGAGAUUACCAGGCUGCAAGCCAGUGUUAAUUAUUGCUGAUGACUUAUAAAUGGGCAUAAGUCACUUUUAACAAUGCCUCUCACUUUUUUAUUUGAAUCUCUGAGUAUUUGCCAGUAUUUUAAAGUUGGUAAUCCAGGACAUUUGAAGUAGGUUGGAGCAGGACAAAAAUCCUGUUGUUGAAAGGACAAAUUAAAAGUGUAAAUCUUCUCUCCUUUUUGUACUUACUAGCUGCCUUUAUUUAUUUUCUUGCCUCCCCCUUCUUCAUUAAAUGUGUUUUGCACAAUAGGUUUACAAAUCUUACACAUCUUAACUGACGGAAGACUGCUGACUAACCCUUGUCGAUUUGUGGUCUUGUGACUGAUUGUCUUCUCUGCCUUUCCUCAAGGAUUUUCCUUCUUUUUUCCCCAGUGACCAUUAUGCUCCUUAGGUUCUAUUGGUGUGUUCCUGUAUCCUGUUAAACCUAGAUAUGCCUCCUAAGAACAGCCUCCCUGCUCUCUUUAUUAAGAGCUUCCCACCCAGAGUCUUAACUCCAGGACAGGCCAGAAAGCUGCUGAGGUGUGAGUUGGUCUUCAGUUUCAUCUGCUCGACUCCCAGCUCCAAGUAUCAGUUGCUGUGUCAGUCAGUGAGCUCCGGCCUGUCAGAGGGACUUGGGAGAGCCACUAUUUUGUCUCCAUUGAUAGUUAACAAGAGGUGCCUUCAGCUUCCGGAUGUUACUAUCUCACUUGGUCAAAGCUCUGAUACAUAGUUGGACAGAACUGCUGUCGUGCAUCCUAAUGUGGUUGCGAUUGAGCCUGUGGACAAAACAUUACCCGAUGUGACGGUUUGGUAUUCUAGAUUGAGAUGUCAGACUUUGUGCCGCCAUCCUCGGGGAUGUCUGAGGAGUUUGUUCUUCUUUACAGAUGGCUCUAGACAGAUUUGGGGAGGCUUUGCAGUCCGGCAUUCAUGCUGUUGGCCACCCUCUGUGAAGGCUGGACACGGUUGCUGUAGCGCUGCCGGUGGUACUGCCUAGCUGCCUCUUGUCUGGUUUUGUUUUCAUCAGCCCCACCUUUGUAAGUGAGAAACCCAUCUUAAACACCCUACCCUGCUUUAGAAACUGACUUGGGAAAGGUUUGGUCAUUCACGCCGUCGAUCAUCUUAGAUGGAUAUCCUUAAGUGUUUACUGUUUUUAUGUAGGUGAGGAUUCUCUUCCUUGAACAUUUGGUUUAAAAUCUGGGACCAAAUGCAAAGAAGUUCUGUUCAAAGGCAAGAGUCAAAAUCUGUGAUUUCAGUUGGCAUAAUGGACAUUUACUGCAUUAGUCACUUCUCCAGGUUUCCCUCAGUUAGCAUGAUGGAGUAAGAUAAGCAGACAUCUACCUUUGGAACCAUAGCAUAAUAAAAAUUAGUUGUAGCUGGAAUAACUAGUGUUGUAGCUGUCUAGUUCCCCCACAGAGUGGGGAACUCAAGGAGCGAAGGGACAGCAUUUUGCUUAAGCUCCUGUUCCUGCAUUCCUGGUGAAGGAGGGUUUAAGUCUGAAUGUGUAAUGGCAGCAUUGCCUUUGCCAAAUGAGUGAUGGGUUAACUAGAAAAUGUGACAAUCACAUUUCCUCUUUGCUCAAGUAAUUCUGUUUUUCCAAAGUGUUAGCAGCUUAAUUAAAUCUGUUGGACUGGGGGAGGAGAGAACUGUUCUCUAGUGGUUAACACGGUAUUCUUUAAGAAGGAAAAAAAAGCAAAAGAAAACUCAGUAUUAGGCAUGUUUGCCUUGAAGAUGGUAGUAGGUAAAAUCUGGAGUUUUAAUCUGUUUUUAAAGGUUCCUAUCUCAUACUUGGUGUUGGGUUCUCAGUCUAGUAGUUCAUGAGUUCUUGCUGUAUUUUAUUUGAGUAAGGGUUACGUGCACUUAACUGCCUACCUAACUUUUUUCAUUCGUGAGGUUCAUGAGGUUCAUGACGACAUUCUCACCACAGAGGUCUUGGCAAAGAGUUAAAACAUGCUGUUCACGUCGUGUAUUCAUGAGAGCCUGCGGUAAGCUUGUGCAGGCUUAAGGGACUGGAGUUGUGAGGAUCAAUUACAAAACUAAAGUUUGGUGCCUCCUCUUUAUCAUGUUUUUUCCCUUGUAGCAGUUGUGUUUAAUGUCAUUAAAGAGAAAUAAAAGUUCUUCUCGCGGCA